AACAGCUUAGCUGUGCCCCUGUCACGCUAAAUUGUUCCAGAACCAGGCAUCCUCUUUCGCGUAUAUAAGAAAGGCAUGUUGGAUGGGUUGUAACAAGUGUUAUAUCCAAUUCUAUCUUUCAAGAAGUCAUAUAUCUCGGUUUCCUUAUAUAAUCUGCAUAUUGUCAACAUCAAUAUUAUACCAUCGAAAAUGUCUGGUAUGCCCCUUAGAACAUCUUAUGAGUCCAAGCUCGUGGACAUCCCAGAUGACUUCUUAAGAACCAACCCUCCCGACGCAAAGCCCAUCACUUUUGAGAAGGUUGAUUUUGUCGAAGCCCGUCUUCCAGAAUACAAGGAUUGUUAUGCGGUAGUUCUUGAGAACGUUCUUAGUCCAUCCGAAUGCGCAACGUUGAUCAAAUUAGCCGAGUCCAGCGUAGGGGAUAAGUGUCGGAAUAAGAUCGACGGGACAGCCUGGGCACCAGCUCUUGUCAACGUUGGUGAUGGAUAUGAGGUUGCUAUCCCAGAGUAUAGGAAUAGCGAUCGCAUCAUUUGGGAUGAGCAGGACGUCGUCGACCGUUUGUGGGUUCGCCUUGAGUCCGUGCCGGAAAUCCGAGAUACGUUGGUCUCAUUCUCGGACUCAUGGGAUCGGGUCGUCCUUCGACCAAGGAAAAACGGAAAGGAGAUUAAAUCCGCAGGGGAGGAUGAUGACACUUGGUGGGACUUCCAACGUGUAAACAAGCGCAUGCGCUUUCUACGGUAUGGUCCCGGCCAAUUCUUCCGCCCGCAUUGUGAUGCUCCGUAUCGCGAGACUACAGAGGACGGGCAUAGAGUGCAAACGCAUUUCACGGUACAUCUCUACCUAAACGAUUCGAAGCAAGCUCUCAAAGAAGGCGCCGAUAAAGUCGACCUAGUUGGGGGCGCGACGUCGUUCCUAUCCUCUAACCAGGAGCGGAAGCACGACGUAGACCCCAAAGCCGGACGAGUUCUUAUCUUCCAGCAUCGGCGGCUAUACCAUUCGGGAGAUGACGUGAAAGAGGGAAUUAAGUACACUAUGAGAACUGAUAUCAUGUAUCGGCAACGAGAUGGACUCAUCAAUCUCGAUGAGGGUUUUUUGGAUAGUGCCUGAAUUUACCUAGGCACUUAAGAAUCUCAAUGUAAUAUAGUCAGAUGGUUGAUUUAGACAAUGAUUUGAUACACAACGAUUUUAACGCUCUUUCGGUAUGAAUAUGCGGGACUACUUGGGUAUAUA